AUGGUCUCUAAAAUAUGCGAUGCUCCUACUUUAGAUGAUCCAUCUCUUCGUGGAGAUGCCUCUGCGAUAAAUCCGAACCUCCAAUUCACAAUCGGCUCUUUGGGAGCUCGUUUAUCUUAUAUAAUCUCCUUAGACUACCAAAGGAGACUUAUUAAACUUGAGAAAGAAAAUGCCAAGCUUAAAGAUGACAAUUCAACCAAUUAUGAUUUGAUUCGCAGAGCCCGAGAAAGAAAUGAUGAACUCAUUGACCUGGUUCUGAAUGAUGCUAGAAAGGAUUUAUCUAUAAACGUGAGUCUUCAAGAUGAACAUUCCGCACUGGUUAAAGACAUUGUUUCAAAUUAUGAAGAUAAGGAGAAGAAUUAUCUUCAGAAGAUUGAAGAAUUAAAAACUCACUUAGCUUCUGAAGAAAAAGAUUUAUCUGCUCGCAACUCUAAGUAUCAACAAUUGAAGAAGAACUUCACCAUCAUGGUUUCAAACAAUAGUAAUGAUGCUAAUCGUGCUCGCGAAUCUGCUGUUAAGAAAGUCUGCAUUGAGAAUAACAUCCCUCCUACAAAGUAUAAAUUUCCAGAAAUCCCUGACAAUGAAAAUAUUUAUGAUAUUUCAGACAGUGAGGGAGAAGAUGAAGAAUCUGAAGAAGAAAUAAGUGGUUCUGAGGCUGAGCGAGAUGAAGAAGAUGAAGAUUAA